AUGGCUGGGGGUGUGUGGGGCCGGGGCCGAGAUGGCCCUGUGGGGUCCCUAACUCUGACAGCUCUAGCUGAAGGAAUCCGGGCUAACCAGGGGCAGCCUGUGGGACCCUCUUCUACAGGCCCUCAGGCUGAGCCCCUGGAGGUGGUACCUGAGGCUGAGACCUACAUUCAAACACUCACCCCUGCCUCUGAGGCCCAGCUUGGGAAUGAAGUGCAACCCCCUACAGCGGGCAGUGAGAACUGUUCCCCACAGGAUGUCCAGGAGCCAGGCCCUGAGAGACCCUACCAGGCCUCCCAGUAUUCCUGGGAGGAAGGAGCCUUGGCAGACCUUGCCUUGUAUACAGCUGCCUGUUUGGAGGAGGCUGGUUAUGCCGGGACCCAGGCAACUGCGCUCACUCUGUCCUCAGCCCUGGAAGCCCAGGGACAACGACUGGAGGACCAGGUCCACAGUCUGGUGCGUGGGCUGCUGGCACAGGUACCUAGCCUGGCAGAGGGGAGACCCCGGCGGGCAGCCCUCCGGGUGCUGAGCGCACUGGCUCUGGAGCAUGCGCAGGAUGUGGUGUGUGCUCUGCUACCCAGUUCACUACCCCCAGACCGGGCAGCCGCUGAGCUGUGGCGAAGCCUGAGCCGGAACCAGCGUGUAAACGGGCAGGUGCUGGUGCAACUGCUGUGGGCAUUGAAGGGCACGGCAGGUCCUGAGCCUGGGGCACUGGCAGCCACACGCGCUCUUGGGGAGAUGUUGGCAGUCUCUGGCUGCGUGGGAGCCACUCGAGGCUUCUACCCCCACCUGCUGUUAGCACUGGUCACACAGCUGCACGAGCUGGCUCAAGGUGUUCAUUCCCCUGAGAGCCCUAAAGUUUGGGAGCCUUCUCACCGAGGGCCACCUCACAGCCACGCCAGCUGCACAGUGGAGGCCUUGAAGGCCCUGCUCACAGGGGAUGGGGGCCGAAUGGUGGUCACGUGUAUGGAGCAAGCAGGAGGCUGGAGGAGACUGGUAGGAGCCCACACGCACCUGGAGGGUGUCCUGCUGCUGGCCAGUGCCAUGGUGGCGCAUGCCGAUCACCAUCUCCGAGGCCUUUUUGCAGACUUGCUUCCUCGGCUACGAAGCACCAACGAACCACAUCGCCUCACAGCAAUGGCCUUCUUUACUGGGCUGUUGCAGAGCCGGCCCACUGCACGGCUCUUACGGGAGGAUGUCAUCCUGGAGCGGCUUCGAACUUGGCAGUGCGACCCAGAGCCCACCGUGCGCUGGCUGGGCCUACUUGGUCUUGGCCACCUUGCAAUGAAUCGUGGGAAGAUAAGGCACGUGAACACGCUGCUGCCGGUACUCCUUAGAGCGCUGGGCGAAGGCGACGCGAGGCUCGUGGGUGCUGCACUGGGCGCGCUGCGGAGACUGCUACUGCAGCCGGGAGCACCCGUGAGGCUCCUCAGCUCUGAGCUGCGACCACGCCUCCCGCCGCUGCUGGACGACGCUCGAGACUCAGUCCGUGCUUCGGCAGUGGGACUCCUUGGAACGCUGGUGCGGCGGGGUCAGAGAGGGCUCCGGUUGGGGCUUCGGGGACCCCUGAGGAAGCUGGUGCUGCAGAGUCUGGUGCCGCUGUUGCUGCGCCUACAUGACUCCAGCCAGGAUGCUGCUGAGAGCUCAGAGUGGACGUUAGCUCGCUGUGACCAGGCCCUUCGAUGGGGCCUGCUAGAGGAGAUGGUCACUGUGGCUCACUAUGACAGCCCUGAGGCUCUAAGCCGUGUCUGCCACCGCCUGGUUCAGCGAUAUCCAAGCCAUGUCAAGCACUUCCUGAGUCAGACCCAGGGUUACCUGCGGAGUCCACAGGACCCUUUGCGCCGGGCCGCCACUGUGCUCAUAGGCUUCCUCGUCUAUCACGCUAGUCCCAGCGGAGUCAGUCAGGACCUGUUGGACUCUCUGUUCCAGGACCUAGGACAGCUGCAGGGUGACCCCGAGUCUGCGGUUUCUGCGGCAGCGCACGUGACUGCCCAGCAGGUGGCGUUGCUUGCUCGGGCGCAGGUCCGACCACAUCGCCCCAGCCUCUUACGCUUCAUCCGCCAGCACUCAUACCCUGCAAGGCCACAUCCACUCUAUGACGAUAGUCCAUUCCUACGCCGGAGCCGUGCAAGUCAGUGGAACUGCCCUGAACCUCGGUGAACCGGGCCUGGUAUCCAGAUGCAUGGGCACACACUAUCCAUGUUGUCACCAAUCCCUGCUCCCGCAGAUCCACAGAAGUCUAUUCAAGCGUCACCCUGGGCCUGGUGCUGGACACUGGUGCUCACUGCCCUGUAACUACUUUCUAUGGGCCCACCAUGUGACAACUGUGUCGUCGAUGGCACGUUCCAUCUCAAGUCCCCUCUGUAGUCUUGGUUCAUCUAUUUAUUCUCUGCCAGGCCAGUUCUGUCAGCUCCCUGGAGUGUGCCCUCUGCUCUAACUUGGACUUGGUAUCUGCCCUGGAUAGCAUCUGCUUCCCAAGCAAGGGUCUGAUGGAGGCACUGAAGUUGAUGCCACCAUAGGCUGUCCUGCCCCCUUCCUAGGGUUCAGUAUGCCUAGUCGUGCCUGUCAUGGCUCUGCUAGUCAUGUCAGUAGCCUGUCACCUCCAUUUCUUCUUCCACUCUCUAUUCCUUACAACUGACCUGGCUUAUGUCCCUUAUGUCCUUGAGGUUAUGUUGUCCAGGGGCAUUGACCUGCUCUCCUGUCCAUACGUGGCUGUCCCUACUCCUUUGGAUAACCAAUCCAUUUCCUACCCACCUGGACAAUGGUGUUCUCUAGAAGGUAUUUCUAACAUCCCUUUGUGCUGGAGAGCCCAAGCCGGGAUUGCACCCGUGGGUUGAAACAUGGGAAGCAGGCACUCUGCACCCA